GCAGUAGGCACAACACCUCAGUAUCUCACGGCAUCAGAUUUUGAAGCAUGAUUGGCCAGCAAGAUGGCAAAGCUUUAUUCCUGAUCUUGUUUCAGCUGCUAAAACUAGUGAAACAAUUUCUUCUAAGUGAAGAGGUGUUUGAUUUCUCAAGAGGAGAGAUGACUCAAAGUAAGAUAAAGGAGCUUAAACAAUCAUUGAACAGUGAAUUUCAACUCAUUCAUGAGCUAUGCUUAUAUGUACUAUCAGCCUCUCAAAGAAUUGAGCUUAUACGUGCAACACUCUCCGCAUUGCACGCAUUUCUCUCAUGGAUUCCCCUGGGAUAUAUAUUUGAGUCUCCAUUGCUUGAAACGCUGCUGAAUUUUUUCCCCAUGCCAUCGUAUCGGAAUCUCACUCUUCAAUGUUUGACAGAGGUUGCAGCACUUAAUUUUGGAGAUUUCUACAAUGCCCAGUACGUUAAGAUGUACACCAUAUUCAUGAAACUGUUACAGACCAUGAUUCCUCUUAAUACAAACAUUCCUGAGGCUUAUGCAAUUGGUUCCUGCGAAGAGCAGGCUUUUAUUCAGAAUUUGGCUUUGUUUUUCACUUCAUUUUAUAAGUCUCACAUUCGUGUGCUGGAAACUCCUGGAGAGAACAUAGCUGCUUUGGUCAUGGGUGUUGAAUAUCUUACCAAAAUUUCAUAUGGUACCUCUCUGCCCUAACCGUUCCGACUCUCUCUCGAUCUCUUUUCUCUCUGUUCUUCUCCCUCUAUUUCUUUCACAUGGUCGACAGGUGAAUGGAAGUGUGCAGGGGCUUCUCUCGGAAACUAGCUUUGG